UGCCUGCAUUUGCAAUAUAUUGUUGGUAGUUUUAAAACCCUGUAAAUUCCUAGGGUUUAUGAAUUUCAGAAUCUUGAAACUACUUUCUCAUUGUGAAAUCAAAUCAUAAUUUAGUUUCCCUAAUGUGAGAUUUCUUGUUCCUUUUCUUUUCCAAUUUUUUUUUUCAAAUAAUUAUUUGUAUAAUUGUUUUCCCUUCAACGGGCCAUGCAUUUGAGCCCAAGUAUUAGCUAAAAUAAGAGUUGAGGUUGGACCAAUUAUCUCCACUGAAAGGAAAGGGACAUGCCAUUUGAUUGUUCUUCAUGACUUGUAAUAAUCCCACGGUUGGUAACUAUUGCAUUUUACCCUCAUGUUCCAAAUUUUCUAUGCUGAAUAUAAAUGCCUCCCUGCCAGAAAAAGGUACAGCUGACAAAUUGCAGCUAAACGUAUCCCAAAGCAAAAGCGAAAAAAGUUCAGAAAAAUACAAUGUGUCCGGUUAAUAAACAACAAGGAAAACUACAUAAGCUGCAAAGUCUUUGAGGACUUUACUGCUUUGUUUUAGGGUUGAGCCAAGAGUUAUCCGAAUCUACCAGUUUUUAAGCCUAAUUGUUACUAAUGUUAUCCGUUUGAGGCGCUGAUUUUCCUAUCUGUUGUGUUUCUGUUCUGUUCUUUGUGUGCUGUCUGGUGCUUUAUGUUUAGUCGCUGUUGGUGGGCUUUGGGAGGAGUUAAAGCUCCUUUAUACUCCUCUGAAAAAAGCAGUUUAUACAUGCUAGAUUACAAGCUGUCCCGCAAAGAACUUGGAGAAAAAUGCAGCCUUCAAUGCCACUAGGACCACAGGCGGCACAAUUGCCGCUAUGAUCAGGAUUAUGCCCACAAUGUAAAAUUGUGGUCCUUCUUACUGAACUAUGUUUUACUUCCACUGGAGAAGCUGAUCCAAAUUCUUCUUUCUUUGUUUCCCUUUGAGUCCUAAUAUUGAAAACUAAGGUGAUUCCGCAAGGAGAGGGAGGGAAGAUAUGAGAAACCAUACGUGUAACUAUGGCUUCACAGCUACAUGAAAUGCCUCACAUGCAUAUGAGAGACCUGAAGGAGAACCAUGUGGUGUCAAGGGAACCUCUAAAGAGUUCCAUGAAUCAGAAGAAAUCACCCCAAAUGAUCAUCAAAAGUGGCGAUAUAUUUGAAGAUGGCAAGAAGAGUCUGGGAAGGAGGAAUGGAAGGAGAAGAGUCAGAGGACAUAAGGUAGAUAGGUUACAGGAUGCAAAGCUUGAGUCAAGCAUGGGUUCUAUUCCAUGCAAGAGCCUUAUGUUCCACAGAAGGCCUGGCUAUGGCCAGUUGGGAACCAAGUGUAUGGUUAAAGCCAACCAUUUUCUUGCUGAGAUACCAGGAUCUGACUUGAGUCAUUAUAGUGUAGAAAUAAACCCGGAAGUUGCUUCUCGUAAACUGAACAAAGCUAUUAUGACAGAGCUAGUUAAACUUCACAGAAACAGCGACUUAGGGAUGAGGCUUCCUGUUUAUGAUGGAAGGAAAAACCUAUACACAGCUGGAUCACUGCCUUUUACCUCUAAGGAGUUCCAUGUAAUAUUGGCUGAUGAAGAUGAAGGAACGGGCAAUGCUAGGAGAAGGGAAUUUAAAGUGACAAUAAAGUUUGUAGCUCUUGCUAGUAUGGCACAAUUGAGCAACCUCCUUUCUGGGAUUCAAGUUGAUACCCCUCAAGAAGCCCUUAAUAUUAUCGAUACUGUGUUAAGGGAACUUGCGGCUCAAAGGUACAUAUCAGUUGGAAGGUUCCUCUACUCUCCUCAUAUCAAGAAACCACAAGCGCUGGGAGGUGGCUUAGAAUCAUGGCGCGGCUUCUACCAGAGUAUAAGACCUACUCAGAUGGGAUUGUCACUGAACAUUGAUAUGUCAACGACUGCAUUCAUUGAACCACUACCUGUCAUUGAUUUUGUUGCUCAAAUUUUGGGUAAAGAUGUGUAUUCAAGGCCAAUGUCAGAUGCAGAUCGUGUUAAGGUUAAGAAAGCCCUCAGAGGUGUAAAAGUGGAAGUGACUCACAGAGGAAAUGUACGCAGAAAGUACAGGGUUUCAGGGUUGACAACUCAGCCAACAAGGGAGCUAAUUUUCCCACUCGAUGAGCAUAUGAACAUGAAAUCAGUUGUUGAGUACUUUCAAGAGAUGUAUGGAUAUACGAUUAGAUAUGCACACCUACCUUGCCUUCAAGUAGGAAAUGAGAAAAAGGUGAACUACUUGCCCAUGGAGGCUUGCAAGAUAGUUGAAGGACAGAGAUAUACAAAAGGGCUGAAUGAAAAACAGAUUACUUCUCUGCUAAAAGUUUCAUGCCAAAGACCUCGUGAACAAGAAUUGGACAUCUUACAGACAGUUCAUCAAAAUAAUUAUGAUCAAGAUCCUUAUGCAAAAGAGUUUGGCAUCAGCAUAGACAGCAAGCUUGCAUCAAUUGAGGCUCGGGUUCUCCCUGCUCCAUGGCUGAAGUAUAACGACACUGGAAAAGAAAAAGAAUAUUUGCCUCAAGUUGGUCAGUGGAAUAUGAUGAACAAGAAAGUGAUAAAUGGAAGCACUGUAAGAUACUGGGCUUGUAUCAACUUCUCACGAAGUGUUCAGGAGAGCACUGCUCAUGGCUUUUGUCAGGAGUUGGUUCAGAUGUGCCAAGUCUCUGGCAUGGAAUUUAAUCGGGAUCCUGUAAUUCCUAUAUAUUCAGCAAGACCAGAUCAAGUUAAGAAAGCACUGAAAUAUGUAUAUCAUGCUGCUGAAAACAAACUUGAAGGAAAAGAACUGGAAUUACUCAUUGCCAUUCUUCCAGACAACAAUGGUUCUCUAUAUGGUGAUCUUAAACGAAUUUGUGAAACAGAUCUGGGUUUGAUUUCUCAAUGCUGCCUUACAAAACAUGUCUUCAAGAUUAGCAGACAAUACUUGGCAAAUCUCUCCCUUAAAAUAAAUGUCAAGAUGGGGGGAAGAAAUACUGUGCUCUUAGAUGCUUUAAGUUGGAGAAUUCCUUUGGUUAGUGACAUUCCAACAAUAAUAUUUGGAGCUGAUGUAACUCAUCCAGAAUCUGGAGAGGACUCCAGUCCAUCUAUAGCUGCUGUUGUGGCCUCACAAGACUGGCCAGAAGUGACAAAGUACGCUGGACUGGUAUGUGCUCAGCCUCAUAGGCAAGAAUUAAUUCAAGAUCUGUUCAAAACCUGGCAGGAUCCUCAACGAGGAACAGUUACUGGAGGCAUGAUCAGGGAGCUCUUACUUGCAUUUAAGAAGGCCACUGGACAAAAGCCACUGAGGAUAAUCUUUUACAGAGAUGGUGUCAGUGAAGGGCAGUUCUACCAGGUUCUACUGUAUGAACUUGAUGCCAUACGGAAGGCCUGUGCAUCACUGGAAUCUACUUAUCAACCUCCAGUUACAUUCAUUGUGGUUCAAAAGAGGCAUCACACUAGGCUGUUUGCAAGCAAUCACAGUGACAGAAGCAGCACUGAGAAGAGUGGGAAUAUAUUACCUGGGACGGUGGUGGACUCUAAGAUCUGUCAUCCAACUGAGUUUGACUUCUAUCUGUGUAGUCAUGCGGGAAUCCAGGGAACAAGUCGACCUGCUCACUAUCAUGUUCUGUGGGAUGAAAAUAACUUCACAGCUGAUGAGAUCCAGUCUCUGACCAACAACCUCUGUUACACGUAUGCUCGGUGCACCCGAUCUGUUUCUGUUGUGCCUCCAGCAUAUUAUGCUCAUCUAGCCGCCUACCGAGCUCGAUUCUACAUUGAACCAGAGGCAACUGAAAAUGCUAAAGGGAGAUGCACACGCACGAGCAAUGGAUCAUCUGUCCGGCCCUUACCAGCGUUGAAAGAGAGGGUGAAGAAUGUGAUGUUUUACUGUUAAAACAGGAGGAAGAAGCUGAGAUGAUACAGGGACCGAGGUGAAAGGGAAAAUGUAAACAUGUGUACAUGGUUGUUGUGUUUAUAUUGUAGAGAACAUUGUGCAUUGAAAAUUUUGAGAACGCAACAAACAGCUUUUCUAA